UCAGAACUGACGCUACUUCAAUCUUCAGACAGCAGACUUCAAGUGUCAUUUUUCAAUUUUCUUUUUCAUUACUCUAGGAAACGGUUGCCGGACAGCUGCGUCGCUGUAAUUUUCAAGUUUAAUUCUUCAAAUUUAAUUUUUCAACAAAAUGCCGCUUCAACUGACCAAACCAGCGCCCCAGUUUAAGGCCACGGCUGUGGUCAACGGAGAGUUCAAGGACGUGUCUCUCUCGGACUACAAAGGCAAAUACGUCGUCCUGUUCUUCUAUCCACUAGACUUCACAUUUGUCUGCCCAACGGAGAUCAUCGCGUUCUCAGAGCGCGCUGAUGACUUCCGCAAGAUCGGUUGUGAGGUUAUCGCUGCUUCCACUGAUUCACACUUCACACAUCUCGCCUGGAUCAACACACCACGCAAACAGGGGGGUUUGGGUCCAAUGAACAUUCCCAUGAUCAGCGACAAAUCUCACCGCAUCGCCCGGGACUACGGUAUAUUAGAUGAAGAGAGUGGCAUUCCCUUCCGUGGCCUCUUCAUCAUUGAUGACAAGCAACUGCUUAGACAGAUCACCGUCAAUGACCUUCCUGUUGGCCGCUCAGUAGAUGAGACUCUGAGGCUGGUGCAAGCAUUCCAGUUCACAGACAAGUAUGGUGAGGUCUGCCCUGCAAACUGGCACCCUGGCUCCAAGACUAUCAAACCCGACACUAAGGCUGCGCAGGAGUACUUCGGAGACGCCAACUAAAUAUUAAAACUACAGUUAGAUUGUUACAAUAAAUAAAGAUUUUAAAAUUA